GUAAGUACUUUAUACCUGGGCAGCCUUGGCUCUAUGGAUUUGAACAUUCUUUUUCAUUUAGCCCCUGAUGAUGGACAGGCAGGAGAGCUGAAACUUGUGGCAGCUAGAGGGAAAGAAUACAAGCUAUGAAGAGAAAUAGGAUCUGAAGGAACACUUCUGGGCUUCUUAUCUUUCUCGAAAAUGCAUUUACCACCGGGUUUUACAAGUCCUUUGGAAAGAAGAGAGCAUAUUUGCUUCCAGAGAUGAACUCAUCCCACCAGCUACAAAUUCCAGACCUUAACUUGAGUACUUUUGGCAGCAACUUUACUGUACCUACUGUCAAGAGCAAGUCAUCACCAUGUGAGCAAGUGGUCAUAGCAGUGGAGGUGUUUCUGAUACUGGGCAUUAUAAGCCUCCUUGAAAAUAUCUUGGUCAUCUGUGCAAUAGUUAAGAACAAGAACUUGCACUCGCCUAUGUAUUUCUUUGUGUGCAGUUUAGCAGUAGCUGACAUGCUGGUCAGUGUUUCUAAUGCUUGGGAGACCAUAACAAUAUAUUUAAUAAACAAUAGGCAUCUAAUUAUGGAAGAUGCUUUUGUACAACAUAUAGACAAUGUUUUUGAUUCAUUGAUCUGCAUAUCUGUGGUGGCUUCCAUGUGCAGUUUGCUGGCUAUAGCAGUAGACAGGUAUGUCACUAUUUUCUACGCCCUACGAUAUCACAACAUCAUGACAGUGAAAAGAUCAGGGCUUAUCAUUGCAUGCAUAUGGACAUUUUGCACUGGCUGUGGCAUUAUCUUCAUUCUUUAUUAUGAAUCAACGUACGUUAUCAUUUGUCUCAUCACAAUGUUUUUCACCAUGUUAUUCCUCAUGGUCUCUCUGUACAUACACAUGUUCCUCUUGGCUCGUACUCAUGUCAAGAGAAUAGCUGCCUUACCUGGAUACAAUUCUGUCCAUCAAAGGACCAGCAUGAAGGGAGCCAUCACACUGACCAUGCUGCUAGGUAUCUUCAUUGUUUGUUGGGCUCCAUUUUUCCUCCACCUCAUUCUGAUGAUUUCUUGCCCUCAGAACCUCUACUGUGUUUGCUUUAUGUCUCACUUCAACAUGUACCUCAUUCUCAUCAUGUGCAACUCAGUGAUCGAUCCCUUGAUCUACGCCUUUCGUAGCCAGGAAAUGCGGAAGACCUUCAAGGAGAUUAUUUGUUGCUAUAGCCUGAGACUCGCCUGUGGGUUGCCGAGCAAGUAUUAGGAAAAUGCAUUUUUGAAUGAGGAAACCAAGAUGCAACAUCAUUAUUGAUCAGGAAAAUCAUGCAUUAAAAUUCUUAGCAUCUUCUUGCCUAUUUGUGCUGAAGGGACUAUAAAGUGUCUUUCUACCUUAUACUUGUAAUAAUGAUAAUAUUUUUAUUGGAAAUUAGAAAGCUGUUUUCUAGUUUUAUAUUAUUUGGUCUAUUUCCCUCUCCAUAUACACCUUUAAUUCUAACUGGCAUUAAUAAGAGUUACCAUGUGCAUGUGUAUUGAGAGAAGAAUAGAAAAGCUGGGGCCAGAUCAAGCCAGGUAUCUUAUAGAACUAGCAGAAAUUUCAUCCUUUCCCUCCUUUUAUGGGAAGGAUUUAUCAAUAAGUAGGUGUGGGCAGGAUAUGCUCAUUUGCCUCACUGCCAAAUCAGUGAGCAUUAACAGACACACAGCCAAUACGUGAGGUUUUAGUUAUAUUUUCUUAGGGUACAAAAAGGCUUACUGUGAUUAUCCAGUGCAAGAAUGGACAAGUUUUCUGCCAGUUCCUUCAUUGACAUAAUGCUGAUCAUAGAGAUUCUUUAGGUAUUAAGUAAAAAGUAUAAUCGGUAUAUUUCCCGGUACAUACAUGUCAGCGAACACAAUCAUGAACAACGGUAUGUAUGUAUAUACAUACAAAUACCACCAAUUUUUGUAUCCCAAUCGUGAUUGUUGCACUCACAAAAUACAUACUACACAAGAGGUCAAAUGUAACUGAAACAUUUCCCAAAACUGAACAUAGUAUUUUGUGGCACCUGUCUCAAUUUGUUCCACUGUUUUUAUCACUGUAUAUCUAAGCAAAGGUGUACCGCAUGCUGGUUUUAAGGAUGUUGUGCUUCAUACUGAAGGCAGUGUUGAAAAUGGGUUUUUCUGGACCCUGAAAUGAGUACAGUAUAUACGGCUUCCAGAUAAACAAAGGUAACCCACAUAACAUUUUGUGGGGAGAAAAGGUUUGGCCAAUAAGCAUGCUAGAGGCAGCAGGAAGUUUAUUAGGUUGGGGUGGAUUUGGGGCACUUAUUGGAGAAAUUUGGGUCCUAGAGAACAUCUUUCAUGAGGGGCAUUACAUAAAGCAGGGAAGGUUGUCAAGGCAUGCUGGAGAUGGCUGCCAGCAAAAGAUGGCUCCCAGGAACAUGGAGAAUGUACAACAUGUUUACAUGCAACUAAGCCAGCAUCUGGUUCGGUUUUCUCUGAGCAAGCUGCCAUUUUCAUAAACUACAGCAACCGUCUUAUAAGCCAUUUGCAUCCUGUUGUGUUCUCUCCAACACUGUAUUCUGUAGUAGCUAUUUAAUGUGAAGAAUAGUGGAUUUGGUCAGAGAUGAAGAAAGUACAAUCCAAGAGCCACAAAAUAUACUAAUUUUUCUUCCAUGGAGUGAUACAGAUCUCCAGAAUGUCCUCUUAAGUGCUGGAUUUUUACAUUUAGAUGCAAGAUACAUGCAAAUGCACUGAGGAAACAGUUCCAUAUCGACUGCAUGUCUGAAAUGUAAGGCCUUAUCCAAAGCCCAUUGACAGACACUCAUUAGCCCAAUUGACUUUGGAUUAGGCCCUUAGAUUGCAGCCUAAUUUAGAAAAUAACUUGGGUGUUUUAUUACAAAUUUCUAUUUUUGCUCCAAACUCAGCAGCUCAUGCUGAACUAACUUCAAAAACCAGAACUCCAGAGACCCACAGUAUUAAGAAAACAGUUGAAUAUCUUCAGGUCUACAUUUUAAAUGUGGAGAUUUGUGGUACUGUAAUACGCUGUCAUCAGCUUCCCUGACUUAUACCUUUUUUUCUCCUCUGCAGUGGAGAUUGGAUGAUAAAGCUUUGGACGUGUGUUUGGAAAAUAGUCAAGUUUGCAAAAUGAGAGCCAUAUACUGCCCUUGAUCAGCAGCCUCAGCUCUCAUUUACAUGAAUGGGCAUUUCACUCAGGGUAUGUCUACACUUGCUCCCUAGUUCGAGCUAGGGAUGCAAAUGUAGCUGACCAAAAUUGCCUAUG